ACUCUCUUCAAACGGCUGCUUCCGGCGGCCUAGGCUUACGUUUACCUUGCGCCGGAAAGAGAACCUGUGAAGGCUGUCGGAAUUAUGGCGGCGGUGGAUAUUCGAGACAAUCUCCUGGGAAUUUCUUGGGUUGACAGCUCUUGGAUCCCUAUUUUGAACAGUGGUAGUGUCUUGGAUUACUUUUCAGAAAGAAGUAAUCCUUUUUAUGACAGAACAUGUAAUAAUGAAGUGGUCAAAAUGCAGAGGCUGACAUUAGAACACUUGAAUCAGAUGGUUGGAAUCGAAUAUAUCCUUUUACAUGCUCAAGAGCCCAUUCUUUUCAUCAUUCGAAAGCAACAGCGGCAGUCACCUGCUCAAGUUAUCCCACUAGCUGAUUACUAUAUCAUUGCUGGAGUGAUCUAUCAGGCACCAGACUUGGGAUCAGUUAUAAACUCUAGAGUGCUUACUGCAGUGCAUGGUAUUCAGUCAGCUUUUGAUGAAGCUAUGUCAUACUGUCGAUAUCAUCCUUCCAAAGGGUAUUGGUGGCACUUCAAAGAUCAUGAAGAGCAAGAUAAAGUCAGACCUAAAGCCAAAAGGAAAGAAGAACCAAGCUCUAUUUUUCAGAGACAACGUGUGGAUGCUUUACUUGUAGACCUCAGACAAAAAUUUCCACCCAGAUUUGUGCAGCAAAAGUCUGGAGAAAAGCCUGUUCCAGUGGAUCAGACAAAGAAAGAGGCAGAACCUGUACCAGAAACUGUAAAAUCUGAGGAGAAGGAGACCACAAAGAAUGUACAACAGACAGUGAGUGCUAAAGCCCCCCCGGAAAAACGGAUGAGACUUCAGUGAGUAUUAGACAAAAGAGAAGCGUGCAAGACUCCUCAUGCCAGUUAUCAUACCUCAGUACUGUGGCUCUUGAGCUUUAAGGUACUUUAUUGUAAUCAUCUUAUUUGUGUGGAAUGCACUUAUUCUUUAAGAAAGGAUAUUAGGCCACGUGCGGUAGUUCAUGCCUGUAAUCCCAGCACUUUGGGAGGCCGAGGUUGGUGGAUCAUCUGAGGUCAGGAGUUCGAGACCAGCCUAACCAAUGUAGCGAAACCCUGUCUCUACUAAGAAUACAAAAAGUAGCUGGGCAUGGUGGUGGGUGCCCGUGGUCCUAGCUACUCAGGAGGCUGAGACAAGAGCAUUGCUUGAACUUGGGAGGCAGAAGUUGCAGUGAGCCGAUAAUCACAUCAUUGCACUCCAGCCUGGGUGACAGAGCGAGACUUCAUCUCAAAGAGAAAGGAUAUUAUUCCGAUCAUGAUUUCUAGUGAAUAUUUGUUAUACAUCUUCUGUAACCUUUCCUCUCCUGGGCUUGUGCGGCCUACCCACUCACAUGUUUACUGGUAGAUACGUUUAAAAGCAAAAUAAAGAUAUUUGUAUAUAUUGCUUCA